ACUCACAUCUGACCACCCGGGCAAAACCGGGCGCCCAGGAGCCCCAUGAGCGGCAAACCCUGCCUUCCACAAGCAUCAUGAGCGGCCGAGUCGGGGACCUGAGCCCCCAGCAGCAGGAGGCACUGGCUACGUUCCGGGACAGCCUCCAGGACCUGCUGCCCACCUUGCCCAAGGCUGAUGAUUACUUCCUCCUGCGCUGGCUGCGAGCUCAGAAGUUUGACCUGAAGAAGUCUGAGGACAUGCUCCGGAAGCACCUGGAGUUCCGGAAGCAACAGGACCUGGACAACAUCCUCACGUGGCAGCCCUCAGAGGUGAUCCAGCUGUACGACUCGGGCAGUCUGUGUGGCUACGACUAUGAUGGCUGCCCUGUGUUGUUCGAAGUCAUUGGGAACCUUGACCCGAAGGGCCUCCUCCUGUCAGCCUCCAAGCAGGAGCUGAUCCGGAGACGUAUCAAGGUCUGUGAGAUGCUUUUGCGUGAGUGUGAGCUGCAGAGUCAAAAGCUGGGCAGGAAGAUAGAGACAAUGAUCAUGGUGGCUGACAUGCAGGGGCUGGGCCUGAAACACCUGUGGAAGCCAGCUGUGGAGGUCUACCAGCAGUUUUUUCUCAUGCUGGACGCAAAUUAUCCUGAGAUAGUGAAGAAUUUAAUUAUUGUUCGAGCCCCUAAGCUGUUCCCUGUGGCCUUCAACUUGGUCAAGCCGUUCAUAAGUGAGGAGACUCGAAAGAAGAUAGUGAUCCUGGGAGGCAACUGGAAGCAGGAGCUUCUGAAGUUCAUCAGCCCCGACCAGUUGCCCGUGGAGUUUGGGGGGACCAUGACUGACCCUGAUGGCAACCCCAAGUGCCUGACCAAGAUCAAAUACGGAGGCGAGGUGCCCAAGAGUUACUACUUGCACAACCAGGUGAGGGUGCAGUACGAUCACACAGCGACCGUUGGCCGUGGCUCCUCCCUGCAGGUGGAAAAUGAGAUCCUGUUCCCGGGCUGUGUGCUCAGGUGGCAGUUUGCAUCAGAUGGGGCGGACAUCGGUUUCGGAGUUUUCCUGAAGACCAAGAAAGGAGAGAAGCAGCGAGUCGGGGAGAUGACAGAGGUGGUGCCCAGCCAGCGCUACAACGCCCACCUGGUGCCCGAGGACGGCAGCCUCACCUGCCUCAACGCUGGCGUCUAUGUCCUGCGCUUUGACAACACCUACAGCCUGAUGCACUCCAAGAAGGUCAGCUACACUGUGGAGGUGCUGCUCCCUGACAAGGCCUCCCAGGAGAAGAUUCAGGGUCUUGAGGAGACAGGACCGUCCCCAGCACAAUGAAGAAAGACCCUGGCUGUGCCUCUGUGCCUGUGCCUGUGCCCUCCAACCCCUUUUGCCCCCUACUCCCUGUCUGCUGUCCUCGCAGGCAGGGUGGUACUGGAGGUGAGCGCAGAGAGUACUCACCCUACGUGGCCAUCUCAACUCCUCAUGGGACCACCUGGCACAGCAGCCAAGCAGGAAGGGGACACCCAGUGCGUAGGCCACCCUGAGGACUCUGAUGAGCAUCUUAUCCCCUGCUUGGAAAGACUGAGAAUGAGAACCCCGAGGAUGAAACAGCAUCCACUGAGGAAGGAUCGUGCUCGCAGAAGCAGCCCUGAGUCCGCCUGACAAGGUCCACCUGUCCCAGGGCUCAGCCACUACCUGGCAUCCAGGCUUGGGGGCCUAAGUCCUGGGCCCUGCAGGGAGCACAGCCUCAGGCCCUAAGAGCAGGGAGGCAGAAUUCUUUGCACAAAGCAGCUCAGUGGGGAGGGGCAGGGCCAGCUAGAGGCAGCUGGGUGGAGGGAUAGGACAGGGCUGAGGGUGUCACUUCUGGAAGAGCAUUAAGGACCCUCCAGGGUUGUUCUGCCUUUGGAGGGAAAAUCAGAAAUGGAGAGCAAGACCCAGCAGGUGUAACCACCAGGAGAAAAGGCCAUGCUCAGCUUUACACAGAGCUGAGUGGGUGAAGCCUGAGUCUCCAGGGCAUUCCCAGUGACCCCCUUCCCCUCCCGACCUGCUGUGAUCCAGCUGACAUUUGGCUUGGCUUCUUCCUGCCUCAGAGCGGGGGCGACACUGAAGCAGAGCCAGAGGAAGCUGGACUGUGCUGGAAUGAGGUGGAGCGUGCUGCCAUCACAGGGCACCCAUCUCAGGCUCUGACUUGCUUCUUGGAGAAGCAUUCAGCUUUUCCUCCACUCUUGUGUCUCCCAAGUGGACAGCUGAAGGUCAGCUGCCAACCUCUGACCCCACUAUGCAACCCAGCAGCUGGCCAGUGAUGGCUUCUAUUUCUCUAAAGCUGGCCCAUCUGGUGCCCGCAGCCCAGUUGGGACCACCACCUGCGCUGCUGGGUGGACCACACCCAGCAGAGCCAAGCUUGCCGGGGAAUGAACAGAGGAAGCCAUCGAACUGGGUGUGGCUCUACUGGUGGACUCCAGCUGGCAAAGAUGUCAUCGAACGGGGUCUGGGAGUCCAGGCUGCUGUGCCCUGCCCCAUCCCCUCCCUGCCCCCUGCUCUCCGGCUGGGCCUGGCCAGUGGCCACCAGCAUUUCUGAAGACCUGGCUCUGGAUGACUUGGCCCUGGGCUCUGGAUCUCUGCCCAUGAACUGCUUGUUUGUCCUUCAGUCCCAUGGGGCAAAGGAGUGCCAUCCAGCAGGCGAUGUCCCCAGGAGUGAGUGGCCCAAUGUCUCUAUGAAAGGGGCUCUCCAUGUAAGUCAUCAGCACCCUGGCUGCUCAGGUCCUCCCCAGGGACUGGAAAUCUCAGCAGGUACCACUGUCCAGGUGCUUUGCGACCAAAAGGCCAGGCUCUGGCCCCUUUCCUGCCCUUAGAGUCUGUGAUUUCAUUUUCUCCAGUUUAUAGGAAGUUUCUAGAUUUCCCAGGACCUAUUUUUAGCAAGAAAAUGAUGAGACUUGGGAAGGUGGGGUUCUUCAGGUGAGCUAUGUGAGGGCCUGGGACCCCCAGGCCCUGCAUCUGUGGCAGGGAAACCAUCAUUCACGGUUUUCCCCACGGGUCUGAACAGGUUCUGAUGCUAUAAAAAGCAAACUAAAUGAAACACAAUGCCAGAAGCCAGUGCUGUGAGGCACUGCUUGGCUAGCAGAAUGGGUGAGUCGUGUGGCAAGAAAAGAACCUGCUGUGGCAGCAUCAGGGAGAUGGCCUGGGGCUGGCCGUCAGGCAGAAGUCCCAGGACACCCGUGCUCCAGGGCUGCUCCGAGUCCCAGGCACGCGAGGUUUUCCCACCGCUCGUGUGGCACUGCGGGGUCACCCUCUACGUAGCCACCCCGGAUGCAGCCCUGUCUGGGAAACCCUGAGGGCCUCCCUCGGGCAUCUCAGAGCCAUUUCCCACUGCUCUUGGCAGGCUAUGGAGGGCGCGCUCACUGGGGUUGGGGGGACCCUUUGCCUGGUUUUGCUGGGCCCACCUUUUCCUAUGACAGAGGCCCAUAAUGCCUCACUUCUACCUUCACAACCUCCUGCUUAAAAACAAGGGGUUUAUGGACUUGACCCCUGACCCUUGCCCUUCUAACCACCCACAGCCGAUUACCCACCACAAGCACAGCCUCAUCUGGUUUCCUUCCAAAAUCCAAUCCCAGAGAAUUCACGCAGAUACAGCUAAAACAAGGGAGUCAGGUGCGGGCUCCAGUGACUCUGAAUCCCGGGCCUGGCAGAGCACAACUCGAGUUAAGCAGGAACAGCAGCAGUCACCUGCAGAGGUGAGAACAGAAGCUCCCACCUGCCAAGGGGGCAGGGGCACUUUGGGAGCUGCACAAGGGGCCGUGUCUUCAGCAGCCCGUCCUCGACUCUUAGCACUGUCACUUAAAAAAAUAAAAAAGACGGUAGACCAGAUAUAGACAAGGGAGGGGCUGGCCUGCCCGAAGUUCGUUUCUCUGUUCAUUCAUUUAUUCAUCAACGUUUAUUGAGCGCCUGUCCAACACCAGGUACGGCAGGCCCUGGGGACGCCAAGGCGCUGGGCUGACCGGAGGCCACCAGCAGGAAGGUUUCUCGUGUGGAGAGAGGCAGAGGUGACUCUGCGAUCCACUAUCCAGUGAGCCUGUCUUCACCACGCGUGCUUGGGGGGGACAAAUUCUGGGGCGAGCAUCCAGCCAGGGAUGCCGCUGGGGGUGUCAGAUGUGCUUUGCCCAAGGCGGGGGACCCCUGAAGGGAGAGCUGAAGCGUAAGUGGGGCUGACCAGGUGUGGUUCAGCCUCCCAGACCAAGGAGCGGGGUGUUUGAGGCUGGAGGAGAGCCAGGAGGGCUCUCAGGUGAUGGUGGUAAGCACUGACUGGUGUUUGCUAUUUGUGAAUCACUGUGUACACUUCGUUGUUAACAAUGCCGGUUAUGAAACGGA